AUUCCUCUCCGAUUGAGUCAAAAAUAAAGGCGCUUCAUGGAAAAAAAAGAGAGAGAAAAAGAAGCUCUGUUCCCGAAGGAUGGACCAGCGCUGUUAUUUUAAACUCGAUUUCUGCAGCCCCGUGGCCAGCGAGCCAUGGGCAAGGUGACGGCGACAGUGACGGGGCGGUGGCACCGGGCGAUGUCGCAGGCUGUGGUGCGCGCUGCUGGGUGCUUUUGGGGCACGUAAAGCGGAGACUUCCUGAGAGGCGAGUGGCGACUUCCUGGGCACGGCAGGAGCCCGAGCGGGCAGAGGGACCUGAUGGCACAGCCCCAGCCCCCUCCAGAGCUGCAGCUGGAUGAAGCCAGAGCACCCCCAGCCCCACAGGGAGCAGCUGAAGGAGGUGCUCCACACCCACAGUGUCCUCACACCCCGUUGGAUCCAGCAGGGAACGGAUCCAAAUCCCUACUCAGCCCAGACUCCAAGCAGGAGCUGCAGGCUCUCAGCAGAGAUCCUCCCUUGGAGCAAAAUGCAUCGGGGACCCAGCUGGAUGAGGAUGCAGCCAGGGCUGGGAUCCCACUGGAUGUGGAUGUGGUGGGAGUCCCGCUGGAGGUGGAUGCAGAUGGGGCAGGAAUCCCACUGGACAUGGAUGCAGACGGAGUAGAGAUUCCACUGGACGUGGAUGCAAGUGAGACAGGGACCCCAGGAGAUGGGGAUGCAGCAGGGAUUCUGCUGGAUGUGGAUGAAGGUGGGACAGGGAUCCCACUGGAUGAGGAUGCAGAUGGAGCAGGGAUCCCACUGGCCAUGGACACAGACAGGGCAGGGAUCCCAGACAACGCAGACGGGGCAGGGAUCCCGCUGGACAUGGACACAGAGGGAGCAGGCAGCCCUCUGGAUGCUGAUGCCACAGAGCACCAGUGCCUGACCCUGGAAGAGCUGGGGAAUUAUUUCCAGGAGUGCAUCGAGAUCGUGGAGCAGCUGGAGAGGGAGAGGGACAGCCUGAUCGCCGAGCUGGCGCAGCUCCGCGAGCCGGCGCUGCAGGAGAUCCGCCAUGCCCACGAGGAGAUCCAGGCGGCCUGCAGGCUGCUGGCCAAGGUGGAGCUGGAGAGGGACAACCUGCGGGAUGAGAUCCGCCAGAUCAAGCAGAAACUCUUCAAGGUGACCAAGGAAUGCGUGGCCUGCCAGUACCAGCUGGAGAGCCGCCGGCACGACCUCUCCCAGCACGCCGCCUACCAGGGCGAGCUGGAGAGCCAGGCUGGGCAGCUCUCGGGGGAACUGUCCCAGCUGAAGGAAACCUGCGAGAAGGAGAAGGAAGUUCUGAGGCAGCGCCUGGAGGCUCCGCCCUGCCGGCAGGACAACCUGUACCUCCAGGAGAGCCGCCGGCUUUCUGUGGAAUUCGAGAGUUUCGUGGCCGAGAGCCGGCGGGGGCUGGAGGAGCACUACGAGCCUCAGCUGCUGCGGCUGCUGGAGCGGCGCGAGGCCGGGGCCAGGGCGCUGCAGGAGAUGCAGGGAGAGAUCCAGGGCAUGAAGGAAGCCCUGAGGCCCUUGCAGGGUGAGGUCAGCAGGCUGAGGCUGCAGAACCGCAGCCUGGAGGAGCAGAUUGUCCUGGUCAAGCAGAAAAGGGAUGAGGAGGUCGGGCAGUACCGGGAGCAGGUGGAGGAGCUGGAGGACAGGCUGAAGGAGCUCAAGAACGGGGUGCAGCUCCAGCAGCGCAAGAACCAGGAGCUGGAGGAGCUCAGGACCAGCCUCCACCGGGAGCUCUCCAUCUACAAGAGCUGCUUAGAAAUCUACGGCCACCUCUGCAAAUCUGAGGAAAAAGCAGAGCAGGACUGUUAAAACCGUGGAAUUUUCCUCUUUGUAGCAAAAAACCUGUGGACAGAGGAUACAAGGGAUGACUCCUCAUGCUGCUUUACCCUGCCUGUUGUGCAGCAGCUGCCUGGAGCCAGGAAUACCAGACAAUCCUUUCCCUGGGUAUUUCCCCAGGUACUGCUGCUGCUUGUGUAACAAAACUGCUUUUCCCCAGAGGAGCUGAACAAUGGAUAUGGAUGAGGAAAAACUGAUUGUUUUGCUGUGUUUGAGAAAAUGUUGUCUUGGCCCAGAUUGUUGAAGCCUGUACAGAAAGUUCUGGAAGCUGGUGUUAAGAGUGGGGUUGACUUUUAAAGUUUACAUGCAAGAGAAGCUUUCUCCUUUGAAGGGGAUUUUCUUUUGUAUUUCAAAAGUUUCUGCUGUAUUGGGACAUGCUCCACAGAAAUGAGGUGGUGGGGAAGAGGUUUCCACUUGAUAUCAAGUCUCACACUGAAAAUAAAAGGUCAGAAUUUAAGGAGCCUUUUCACUCUCAGAGCUGCAUCUCAAAAGCCCAAAUUUGUUUGUCAAACCAAGGUGUUUGUAUCAAAUUUGUGCUGCAGGAUAACAAAAAACAUUGUGGAAAGGGCUAAAGGCAGAGUUAAAAUGCAGACAGCAGCAGGGCUUGAGGAGAAGAACAAUUCAGUGAUUUGGUGGCUGCUCAGGGGUUCAAGUGCUCAUUAAUUUAUUUCACAAAACAGCAGGAAUAAGAAGGGGAGAAAUAUCCAAUUUGAUGUCUUAAAAAUUAAAAAAAAAAUCUCCACCAGUAACCUCAUGGACACACACAGGUAGAGACCACAUCCAGCUCCCUGAAAACACCCUUAACAAAGCAAUAAAAGCAAAAAAAGCACAAAACUGCCCAAACUUUGCAGCGUUUACGUAGAAAAACUUUAUUCCAACUGAAGGACUUACAUGGAAUUAGUCAUGAGGAGAUGGAGAGUAACAGGCUGCUGGUGGCACUGGACACCCGAGUGGAAGACGUGCAAGACCUUGUGCUCAAGGACUAAACUCCUAAAAAAAGUAGUUUUCAUCCACAUUUCAUUUGUUUUCCACCAGCUGCCAAGGCUCUUGAGGGCACUGGGGUCAUCCGUUGGUACAAACAAACACCUUUUACAACUUGAGGGCUCCCCCAAGUUUUAAAAACCAUUUCACAGAAAGGAAAGAAAUAUUAUGUGAAAACACAGCUCAAGAAACACACAACAGAGCAAAAAAAAAACCAUGGGAGGUGAAGGAGGUUCUGCAGGAAUAGCUAAUGAAUCCAAACUGCUGGUGCCCAGCAGGAGGGAGGAAAGGGAAAGGAAGGAAGGAAUGAAAAACCCAGAAUUGCCAGGAGAGAGAGAAAAAAAAAAAAAGAAAUUUCAGUUCAAGUCAGAACUUGCAAGUCUUGUAUCUGCAAAGGCAGAAAAAGCCACAAGGUACAGAUAACUAAAGGAAUUCCAAGGUUUCUGAGUUGUACUGAGGAGGACAAGACCUUCCACACCAUUUCUGAGCUGUCAGGGGAUUAACACUUGGAUCAUCUCUGUUGGCUCCAGCCCACUCAGGCAGCUCUGCCAAUUUAACUUUUGUUUAAAUUAGGCAAAAGCCUGUGGCUGGAGCAAGCAAAAGAGAGAGAAAAAAACCCUAAUCCCAAGCUUGCUGUGUGACGAAGGCAGUUAAAAAGAGACAGCCAGACCAACAAAGGAGGCUGCUGGAGGAAUUCUGGUCAAGGAGCCACAGCCUCUGGCUGAGGGGGCUGAGCCCUUUUCUUUUUUGGGUUCUCAGGGUGUGGGUGGAAAAGGCUGUGAUGGGAUCUACAGGAGGAUGGCUGAACACAAAAUCUACGUGUGUGUCUCAAAACCAGUGUUAAGUCAACAUCAGGGCUGAGAGGGAAGAGAAGGAGAAA